CUUGAACAGCUGUAAUGUGGUUUCUGCAGGCUUUGUUUCUGUCUGUGUGUCUGUCGCAGAGGUUGAUGAGAAAGGCCCUAUCCUCUGUCGGUCAAGUCAGACCCAUGUGCAUAAACCCCGAUACCCGCAUACUGACGCAUUCAUCACCAAGAGACAGCCAACAGCAGCGUCCUGACGCUGCUUGGUGAUGAACCUGUUGGUCAAAUCCCCAUUCUUACCAGCACCAACGCCAGACAUACAUCGGUACAAAUCAGACAGACGCAGCUUGAUACUUCUGCUGCCUACUCGUAGCCUCUGAGCAACGUGCGCAUUUCGUCAGUUUGCGCCAAAUCCAGGGGACUUUUGCCCUGCAUGCAUGGGAUGCACAUAAGAGACAGCCAUGGAACGUUGUCGGCCGCCAUCAUGUCAUGAGCUUCUCACCUUGUUGACCUUCUUCAGCUCAUCGGCCCCGCCCCACUCGAGCAGCUGCUUGGCGGCGUCCACAUGUCCUUGCCAGGCUGCCAGGUGAACCGCAUAGUAACCAUCCUGUAUCUCAUACACAGCAGAGGUGAGCUGUAUUUUGAGCCGGGCCUUCCCACUUCUCCGCUAACUUACCGGCCCCCUCUGCUCGAGAAGUCUCAUGCCAUUCUUCGUAAACAUCGCUCUCAUCGCCUUAACAUUGUCGCACAUCACAGCCAGAUGGAAUGGGCUGCUGUCGUUCUGAGAGACAUGACAUGCAGCGGACGGUCCAUGCUUCUCUGCACUUGUUGAACACUUUUUUACAUCUGUCCGUUUCCAAAGCUCAUCAACACCGCCCCAUUGGAUGAUCUGGUCGAUAACGUCGACAUCACCGCUCUCAGCGGCAAAAUGGAUUGGCUGGAAUCCAAACUGUUCAAAGGGGCGGAAGUGCACAUAGAGAGCUUAAAGCACCGUCCUGCCUGCCCUUCAGCGUACCUGCCCCUUCUUGUCGAGCACCUUCUUCUGCCACGUUGCUUCUGCCUGGUCAUAGAUCGCUCGCAGCACAUCGACACAAUCAGAGCCGGCAGCCAGGUGGAACGGCGUGUUGUCCACCUGAUAAGCACAAGAAAUGUCUUGAAACAGUGUGAGUCGAUGGAAAUCCACUUACCUUGUUUGUGAGUGCCAACAAACUCUGCCCGCAUAUUCUCAGGAUCUCAGACACAACCAACGCAUGGCCCUUCUCGACCGCCAAGUGCAACACGGUGUUUUCGUCCUGCGGACAGACAGCACCGACAUACAGAUGGAGACAGCAUUUUCAGCCAUUUAGCCUUACCAGUAUCUUCAGUCGCUUGCUGACGAGCCCUACUCCCUGGUCAGCUUGCAUGAGCAGCAGAACCAUCACGACAUCCACGUGGCCGUUCUGGGCUGCAAAUGCUAGCGGAGUGAAACCCUCCUGCAUUCAUGCAAGCAACCAAGCGUGAACGGUCCAUCUACUGUCAAUCGGUGUCUCUCACUUUGUUACUGUCAUGAAGGCAUUGGGGGCCAUAUUCUUUCACCAUUUUCAAAACUGCCUUUCGAUUGCCUUCUGCACAUGCCUCAAAAAGUUUCAUCUUCUCCACAGGGUCACGACUUGAAUCCUGGGCAAUACCCAUGCCGUCGCUUCCGAAGCUGUGAGCCUUGGUUUUGGCUUUCGCUGCCGCUUUCGCCUUGGGCUUCCGUCCUGCCUUCGCCUACAUCCGUUCACACGCGCACACACAAACACACACAUAUACAUACAGUGGAGCAUAGAGAUGAAAAUCUUCGGCCCGUCAAUCGUCCGACUAACCUUUGGCAUGGCCCCAGCUUUGGGAGCAGCAAGCGUUGGUUCUGGCCUUUCCUCGGGCUGUGAGCUCGUCGCCUCAUCUAUGAAGUCCUGCGCAGAAACACAUUGAAACAACCGACAACACAACACCAGCACAAGAGGCGGGUUUUUGCAUUCAAGUAUGCGUAUUGAUGCUUGCUGACCAAGAACGGUUUCCACUCUGUUCCAUCCUGUAUGACUACAAUGCCAUCUUUCUCGAUGAUGCAUGCCUCCUGGCCAUUGAGGGUGUACAGGGGUGAAUCCAACUUGGCCACCUUCAAGUUCAAAUCCUGCCGUCCCUUGACGAAAUCGUUGAGAAACACGUCCACGAGAUCCUCGGGGUCGCCGUUAGAAAUGAAGCUGAGCCUUUCCUCCUCUUGCCCCUGGAUACAUCAUAAACAUGUGAAAGCAAAGGCUGACAUGAUAUACAUAGACAUGCGGCUUAUCUACUCUGCCAAUCCUCUCACCGGCGCAGGGCUGCCUCUCAGCGGCUCAGGGUUGCCUAAGGAUGGUCUCCUGGCUGACAUUGUUAGUCUUGGCAUCAUUAUUGGUCGUUCUGGAAUCAGUCCGGAAAACCUUUGUUGUGGUGCCAUGCCCAUCAUUACUGGGGUUGAUGGACUGGCAAACAUUUGUUGUGGUGGCAGAGUCAUGAUUGCUGGUAGCGGUGGCCGGGACAAGACGAACUCAUGCUGAUCCACCAUCCUUUUGAGCGCCGAUUGGUUCUGCCUCAGUGCCUCCAUCUGGAUGUUCAUGCCCUUCAUCUGGAUGUUCAUGCCGCUCAGCAGCAUCAUGCAUUGGUUGAAAAGUUCCUGGGUAUGCUGCCAUAUGAACUCCUGCAUGUCCAAGCCGGGGCCCUGGCAAUGCAU